UUAAUAGAUUUCGUAUCUAAAUAUUUUUGUGAAAGCAAGAAAUUCUGUUGAAAACAUUUAAAUUAAAUUUCAAGUAGAAAUACAGAUGGGAGUGAAAGGAUUGACGGGCUAUAUAGCCCGCCAUGCCGAAUUGUAUUUGACUCCCUAUGAACUGCACGAUUGUUCGCUCGUAAUUGAUGGCGACAAUUUAGCUUGUAAUUUAUAUAAAGACGCGAGUGGUCCUUAUUCGGCUUUUGGUGGAAAUUAUGAUGAUUUCUAUAGAACUGUAGUAAAUUUUUUUACUGUGUUGGAUGAGUGCAAUAUUAGGCCAUAUGUUUUGAUGGAUGGCGGUUAUGAGCCUCGAAAAUUGCGAACGGUUAGGGCCCGAUUACGCAGCAAAAUUCAAUUAAUCAAACGUAUUAACCCUUGCGGCUCGUAUCCAAUCUUUCCUAAGAUGAUGAACGAAGUAUUUGUGGAUGCGAUUAGAGAUUGUGGAGUCCCGAUCAUGCGGUGUUUAUUCGAGGCUGAUGAUGAAUUGGCAGCUCUAGCGCGUAAGCUGAAUUGCCCUGUUUUAAGCUAUGAUUCGGACUUUUACAUCUAUAAUGUACGUUAUAUACCGUUAAUUACCUUAACGGUAAAAGCCCGUACCAAACUUCGUAAAGAAUCGGCAAGUGGAAGAAAUUUGAGGAAAAAUGAAGCUAAAAAAUUAGAAAAACUUGUCAAAGGCAAUCGUGUUAUCAGAGGUAUAACAAUAAGCAAUCAAGAAACGUCACAUCGGUGGGUGACAUACAAAUAUCUGGAUUGUUGCAUAUAUCGUGUAGAGAAGCUUAUUACUCGCAGUUCCUUAAGUAAAGAGAAAAUACCUUUAUUCGCCGCCCUCCUAGGCAAUGACUUUAUAUCGCGUAAACCAUUUCAAAAUUUCUUCGCGUACGGCUUAGGUAAAAUCGGAGGAAGUCGUAAAACUAAUCAACAUCAGCGGCGUAUACGAAGAAUUUUGGAAUGGCUGAAGCAUGAAUCCCUAGAAUCAGCGUUAGAAAAGAUAAUGAACCAUUUGCCAAAGAAGCAGCGUGCUGCGAUAAAGGCGCAAGUGGAAUCAGCUACCUCGGGCUAUUCUAAUGAGCUUUGUUACUCAUUAGACUAUUUUAAAAAUCAUUUCAAAAAUCGUCUAACUGAUAAUGAAAUGCAACAGGAAGGACUGGAAAGUGAAUUCGCGGAGGAGUGCGAAAAAGAAACUUCAGAUGAAGAACAAGAAGCAAUUGAAGAAAAAACCUCAGAUGAAGAACACGAAUCACCUGAAGAAAAAACUUCAGAAGAAGAGCACGAACCAACUGAAGAAGAAACUUCGGAUGAAGAACAAGGAAAUGAAAUUGACGAUUUGGAAAGUAAAGAGGGUGAAGACAACUCUUCAAAAUCUGAUGAUGAUUCGGUUAACAGUGAUAGAAGUGAGGAGGAGGAGGUUGCUGUGGAUGACAAAGGAGAGAAAACAUUUCCUGAUUGGUUUCUUCGGAAAUUGCAUCCCGGUCAUUUUCCACGUUUCAUGGUCGAUCUGAUGUCCCUUCAAAAAUAUAUCAAUAACCCGCAAAUUGAACACUUCCAUUUUAAUGAUUGCAAUGAAAUCGCUUUGCCUAUCUUACAGCAUAUAUUUAUGCUGUUAAAUCAUGUUAAAGGACACGAGACAGAUAACAACUCAUUCACGUAUCUAACGAGAGCUACACGCAUCAGCAAUAUUUGUUUCCGAGAAAUCGAUAUAAAAAAAAAUCCAAUGUAUUCGUUUGAUCCUUCGCAACCAAAUCCAUUACUGUUCCGCUCCAUAUUUGAAAAUGGAAUGUCUUACUUGAACAGAGACGCACUGUUUUCAGAUAUAAAAUUUUUGCCCGCUGAUAUAAAACUGUAUUUCUUGGCUGUUGUCUAUUGGUUGCAUAGAUCGUCACACGUUGACCUUAAUCAUUUACAUGCAUUGAUAAUUUGUUUGGUGGUUUUGAGAACUGUAGAUAUGAAAAUUCCUCCGGUACGUAAUAUAAGGCUAUUUCAUAAACGUUUUGGUAACCUGAUUAAGAAAGAACGGUUGCAUCGUAACAAACUGUUGGCGGAAGGUGUUAGUGAACGCGGCAUGAAAAAAGAGGUAAAAGCUCUAUCGAUACCUGAUCGCAUGACUUAUAUACCAAAAUCGGAUUGUUAUCUGGUGCAAAAUGAACUAUUGCAGCAUUUCUACAUACCCGAGAUCUUCAAAAAAAAAUAUGAUGCAUACUCCUCUGUAGUUUUACAUGCGUUCGCCGAGUUCCAAUCGGUGGUAUUUCAAUUACAUACUCUAAAUGCUUUGCUAGAUUUUCCAUACCUGGCUCCAAAAAUGGGGCAGCUAUAUUGCGGUGUGUUCCUUUACAAUUUAUACAAUUUAUUAAAAUCUCGUCCAGAUGUUGCGCAUUACGUGAAGAAAUAUAUAUUUCGUGAUUCAUCAAUGAUGUUCGAUUUCUAUGACUAUUUGUGGAAGUGGUGCAUGCCAUUUGUGCCUAACUGGAAAAAAAAUCAUGCCACAAGAACGAAGAACAAGAAAAGAAUUCGCAAAUCAAAGAAAAAUUCCACUGAGAGCUUGAUGAAGAAAGACCCUUAUACUGAUAUGCUGAGCAACGCAGAGGAGGAUAAAGAAAAUGAAGAAUUUUUUGAUUUAAAUAAUCAAUUUUGUGCACUUUUAGAAGUCAGCUGAAAAAGUGCUUGGAUUUCCAAUAAAGAGCAUUUAUUGAAACAACCGGUAGCCUAUGCUGGUAGCCCCAAUUUUUUUUCCUUAUAGUCUAAGGAUCUAUUUCAUUAGUCUAAAAAGUAUUGAUUAAUGAUAAUUGAAAGAUAAGGAGCAAACUGUUCACAAUGUCGUGUGGGUAUAUAUUGAAUGAAGUGGAAAAAUUUCGCAACGUAGUAUUGUAUGGUUGGAGAGGGCAUGGCCAGCGUUACGGGAGACGUUAAAUAUAUGAAUGUUUCCGCUUUCAAAUUAAAAAGGGUCUAAGAACUGUAGAAUUUUCGCGGACAAUGUGCGAACUUAAUUUCUAUAUUCCAGCUUCUUGUCAACACUUUUCUCAAGCAGCUGUUAAAAUAGAAAGGAUCGCACCGAUAAAAUUUCUGGCCUCGUUUGCAUAUAAUAAUUAAUCUUAACACAGCACAAUGCUGUGUUUUCUUUUUUUGUAAGUGUCAAACGAGUAUCAAAAAUGUCACGAGUUUUCGUCAAGCAAGUAAAAGAAGUGUCAUAAUGAAAGA